AUGAGCACAGACGUAGCUUGCGGUGUCUUUGACGGCGACCUCAAUGGCUACUCGCUCAUAUUUUCGUUUAUGCAAUCCAGUACUUGCGUCAAGAGCAAAUUUCUGUUCGGUCUCGCACUCGCCAACAGCAUAUUAUGCAGUCUCACCAUAGUAACGGUUGCUGGCAUUAUUGUCCAUGAAUUCUAUCGAAAUGGAAUUGGGUGGUCCAAUGCUGUUCAAGUAUAUUCAUUAGGAAUUUUGACAGCAGGAGCCAGCUUCAUUCUCAGUGUCUCUGAUAUUGCUGGGAUUGCAUGGCUAAAUAGCAUUGGGUGGUAUAGCGCAUAUAUAUUCGGAGUUACGCUGGAAAGCUUCGUGAUCAUGCUUUGGGCAAGAAUAUCACUGAAUCUGAUGGAAGUUCGCAUGCUAUUCGAAGGCACCGAAGAGCAGCAAAUCCUCAACAGAUUCCUCCAGAAUUUAAAAGACGGAAUAUAUAAAAGCAGGGUUGCACUGCACAUCAUUUUGAUUCCAAUCUUCAUCGUUAGAAUCGUUCUACAUGACAAUCAGAACCAAAGACCCUACAACAUCGUGACACUUGUGCAUAUUUGUUUCUUGAUACCCUGGUUUCUAUCAUUUGCAGUCAUCGUUCGGAAAUUUGCCGAAAACCUUGCCACUACGGUUGAGCAAACAGUCAGCGAUAUUGGAAAUGCAGAGAGAAUAAGUAAAAGAUAUUUACGAAGCACUCUUACAACAUCGAUUGGGAGUCCACGGCGCCCGAGCGAACCUCCCAAAUCUGCAUUUUCUUCCGACUCUAUUUCCCCGACGACUGCAGGCACCCAGCAUUCAUUUAGGGCGCUCAAUGGAGAUAGACUUACGCUGCUGAAAACAUACCCCAGGAAGAUACGAUUUCUUGGUCGCUUGAUCAUUUUUGAUAAGCUGUGUUUCUCUGCCGCGUUCGUGUCUUUUAUGAUCUAUGGAAGCUUGGAGCUCACUGGUCAUCGUCCAACGCCGAUGUGGAACUUGAUCGGGCACUAUGUGUUCACUGUCCCAGCAGGCAUUCUGCUCGUUUGGCUGUGUGUCGUAUACCAGUUUUCAGUCGCAAAUAACAAUUCGGGGGCGAUAGUAGCAUAGUUCUCGUAUUUGGAUUCAUAAUUUUGAGUCAUGUAGAUAUUUCAUUAGAAUAGUAAGUUUCAAAAGUAGGUAUGAUAAUUAAGUGGUUUAAAAUGAAUAGAUGUCG